AUGGCGAGCUCUCUCUUCCUACGUCUUCCACAGGAAUUACACGUUCUUAUCGGUGACAACCUCAAACAAGAUGGUAGCCUCAACGCCCUAGCAGCGCUCUCUAGGACCUCAAGGUGUCUCCGUUCGUCCUACGAACCAACGCUAUAUCAGGGGCUCGUACCUGAGAGUGACGACAACGACAACCCGGCAUGCCAGCAUGCUCUAAUAUGGGGAGCUCGCCACAAUUCCAUACCCGUCAUGGCACAGGCGAAAGCGUACGGAGCCGACCUUGACAAACAAGUCAAGUAUGCCAUUGGCCGGGUGGACUGGGUAACCUGGAGUGGCCCUUAUAAUCCCAACGCACCACCACCUAUUGUCUAUGCGUGGGGCUCAGCACUGCAGCUUGCCGUCCACGACGGGCAUGACGAUGCCGUGCAGUGGCUUCUUGACCAGGGAGCCGAACUCGACGACGUUGAUAAUCCUUCUGUCGACGUUUGCCGCUGCUGCGAGAGACACGGCGCUCCGACAGGAAACCGCUCGAUUCUGCAUCUGGCAACCUGCGCUGGGCACGUCUCGACGCUGCGGGCUCUACUAGAACGCGGAGCUUCUCUCGACGUGGCAGAGGAAAUUGACCGUGAACACGCCCUCCACGCCACCCUUUCCACCGAGUUGGGCAAUAGUAGAAAUAAUAAAUUUGAGCCUUUGGCCAUCUUAACAGCGCUCCUCGACCACUUGGCCCUGGGCAUCACCGCUGAAAGCGCGAAAUCCGCCGCCCUAAACUCGGUCAACAAAGGUGGGCUCACCCUCCUUCAGAUGGCCAUUGAAUACAACCACAUUCCCGUUAUGGAACAAGCUCUCCAUGCGCUAGUUGGCGCAGGCGCCAGCCUCGGACCCCUUCCACCCACCGCCCAAGGGACCGAAGGAGGUAGAAGAUGCAUGACCCCCUUGCUCCACACGCUGCUGGAAGACCGUGGCUUCGAAACCAUUCACCAACUGCUCGACCUCGGCGCGGACAUCAACGGCGACCGACCUGACCCAGUCCAGACUCAGCCACAGUGGCAAAGCCCUUUGCACUUUCUGGUCAGACACCUGGACCAAGGAGCGAUAAAGCCCGGCGCCCCGCUUUACCGUGGGGACCUCUCCCUUUUAUACGAAAGCGAAGAUCAAGGCCGCUGGCAUAGAGGAGAUGUAGUGGAUCUGCUUCGUCGUGGCGCGUCUCUGGACAUCCAAGAUGCCCAAGGACGAACACCCUUGGGAAGUGCCAUGUCCUAUGGCGGGGGACAUCUCUCUCUGCACCGGAGACUGGGGGCGUUGAAGAUGGUCAAGGUCAUGUUGAAGAAUGUCGUCCCAGGACAGCCGGGGUCCGAGGGUGGAGUUUCAGAGGAAUCGAUAACCAAAGCAAAGGAGUGGAUGGGGGCGACGGUAGUGGAGAGGGCCCGAGGGCCCGAGCACGACGUCAGCUCGGGUGCUUAA